AUGUACAUCACUCUCUACUUCAUAGUCACCCUCCUUACUGACUCUCCUAGCGCUGUUAGGGACCUCUUUCUCGCCCUUGACCCUACCACCUUGACUGUCGACCUGCUGGAGAAGCACCUCCUUGCAGCUGAGACUAGCAUAGUUGUUGUAGGCGCUUCUCGUGGCACUCCUCGCACUCUGUUGUUUGAGGGGUGUUCGCCCUCCCCCCUUCUCCCCUUAGUCGCAUUUGCUGCAGCUGUUGACUACCUUCGUGCUGCGGAGGUUGGAGCUGCGUCUGCCCCUAGUGGGAGGCGCCGCAGCGGCAGGGGCAGGGUAGGGAGGGGCGGUGGAGGCGGUGGAGGGGGCGGCAGUGGCGGAGGAAGUGGUAGUGGGGGUGGAGGUGUAGGUGGCGGCGGUGGUGGCGGCAGUGGCGGUAGUGGCGGCGGCAGUGGUGGCGGCAAUGGGAGUGGAGGCGGCGGCAGUGGUGGUGGCCAAGGUGGUACUAGUCAGAGGGGAGGCCUUGGGGGUGGUCAGAGGCAGCAGCAGCAGCACCCAGGUAUGGAGGCUGCUGCUCUAGGUGCUAGAAAGUCUGCUGCUCUAGGUGCUGGUGAGUCUGCUCUCUCUGGUUCUGAGUCUACUGCGGCCCAGCACACCUUAACGCUUGACUCAGGUGCUUCCUGCUGUUUCUUUCGCGACAGUAUCACACUCACACCGCUCUCGGAAUCUGUUGCUGUCUCUCUGGCUGACCCCUCUGGGGGCCCAGUCCUUGCACGUUCCUGCACUGUUCUGCCUUGUCCGGAGGUUCCAUCUGGCUCACUCUCAGGUCACCACCUCCCCUUGUUCUCUACAAACUUGGUGAGAAACACCGUCCUUCAGUAUCAGUGGGUUAAAACCUUCACCCUUGGAGGACAGCGUGUGGCGAUCUGUACGUGCUCCCGGACUGGCAGGCACCUGGCCACAUUCACCCGUCGGCCUGGGUCGAGUCUGUACACACCGACUACUGCGCCUCCUCAGGUAGCUGCGUCUGCGUUAGUCUCUGCCUCCCCUCCCACCCUCGCCUGCCCCUCCCUGCCUUACCUGUGUCGAGGGGCGGCAGCGCGCCGCUCCUCACUCCUCCUUGUUCCCCCAACGACUUCUCCCCUUCAGACUCUCCACCUGGACGUGUAG